UUCUACACCAGUCGAUGCGAAUAAAACAUUAAGAUCCUCCACGGCUCCUCCUCUACUCGAUAAAGAGAUUUCCUCUCUAUUUUUAUUUUCCACCCUAAAAAUAAUUUUUAGCUCUUUUAUAUAAAUCUACCUCAAGUAAAUUAAUGGAUAAAUCCUUAAUCAGUUCAAAUCCGUCGCCGUCCCGGUUUCUAAUCUUGGUUCAAUUUAUAUCUGCCCAGCUUUUAUUUUCACAAAGAUCUCUUAUUAUUUUUCAGAUUUUUAGUAGAUUUUGUUUCAUUUAUCAACCCUCACUCAAUUAGGUUUAUUAAAUUUCACCGCCGCCGGCGAUGGGGAAGCGUAAUAAUCAGCGGAAAAAUAAAGCGAUGUUGGAUAGUGAUGAUGAAAAUAGUAGCGUGAGUUCAUCGUCGACUGCCCGUUCGGAUCUUAUGUCGGUGUCGGGGACCGACGAGGUUCAAGUUGAUAAAGAUAGUUUACUAGAACAAGCUCUAGAUGCUUUGUAUGAGAAGAGGGGUUCGACAAGAGAGAAAGCUCUGGCAGCGAUUAUUGAUGCUUUUAAUACCAGCUUGCAGCAUCAAUUUGUUGAGAAGAAAUUUGCUACUUUACUACACCUGUGUCUUAACUCCAUUAAAAAGGGCUCUAGCAAAGAGAUGUCUCUAGCAUGUCAUGCCAUCGGAUUAUUGGCUCUGACUGUUGGUUCUGGGGAUAAUGCACAUGAAAUAUUGGAAGAAUCAGUUAUUCCUAUUUCCCAAGCUCUUAAAUCUCCGUCUGAUUCCCUGAAGACUGUAUCGUUAGUGGAGUGUUUGGCUAUUGUGACGUUUGUUGGUGCAACUAAGACCGAGGAAACUGAACGAUCAAUGCAAAUCAUGUGGCAAUUGCUUCAUCCUAAACUAGGUUCUAAUGUAGUUGCUGUCAAACUCUCUGCAGUUGUAAUAACAGCAGUGGUGUCUGCUUGGGCAUUUAUCUUGACUACCAUGGAUGGAUGCUCCCUUAACUCCAAAGAUUGGCAAGAGUACAUUUCUUAUUUCUCUACUCUGCUAGAUAAGGAUGACAGAUCUGUACGCAUUGCUUCUGGUGAAGCUCUAGCUUUAAUUUUUGAGACAGGAAGUAUUGAAAAGUUUGCUACUGAAAAUAAGACUACCCCAGAUGGCUCAGUUCCAGAAGGAAAUAAAUCUCGUGAAGGAUAUACACAUAUACUAGGACUGAAAUCAAAAAUCCUAAAUCAAGUUAGGAGCCUGUCUGCCGAGGCUGGUGGAAAAGGUUCCGCUAAGAAGGAUCUUAACAGCCAGAGGAACUUGUUCAAGGAUGUUUUGGAGUUCCUGGAGGAUGGCUACGCUCCUGAUAUCUCAAUGAAGAUUGGAGGAGAUUCGUUACAAACAUCAACAUGGUCUGAGCUUAUAAAGUUGAACUUCAUGAAGCAUUUUCUUGGUGGUGGGUUUAUUAAGCACAUGCAGGACAAUGAAUUCCUUCAAGUUGUUCUUGGGUUCACGCCCAAGAGAAAGCAACUAGGUGUCGAACAUCAAAUGUCAAGCGGUGAAAAGAGGAUGUUCCGGUCGCCAAACUCAAUACAAAAUAAAGCCAGGACCCAGUUUCUGAACAAGCAACGGAUGCUAUCUAAGGAUAGAAACGUUGGGCACUUUGCUGUUGGCAUGGGCGAUGAAGAUAUGUGAGGAAUCCAGUCUAGCUGUUAGACGUUGUAGGAUGAACAUCCUCUGGAAUAAUUUAGCAGAUUGUAGGGUUAAUGUUACCGUCAUUUUUUAUGAAUUUGGGAACAGGGAAAUGGAUUUUGUGGGAAGGCUAUGCUUUUGACGACAUACACAGAUUAUUGGUAUCCCAAGUCAACUGAUCAGAUCAUUCAUUUUAUUUGUAGUUGUACUGUGUAAUAACUGGUUGUAAUUACUGAAUGUGAUUUGAAUACCAAGUUUAAUGAUUCGGAAGAUCAAGAAUUUAAGAAA